GUCAUGUUAUGUUUGACUUCACAUGAAUGUACGAGUAGUUAUGACCUUCUCCUGAUUAAUAAACCCAAUUUUAUCUUACGAUAUUAGAGGUAAAAUGUUGCCAAGUAUAAUAGGACGAAAUGUCUUUGGUAAAUUUAAGACAAGGCAGUGGAGUGGCCUGUUGCAGGUGUCUAACAAGUUUUCAUGUAUAGGGCAUCGGACCACUCACCCUAUACCACUGUUUACUAGAGGUUUAUAUGGACAGCUGUGCCCAAGACCUGUUGCAAGUGCUGUUCUGGGAGCCCAGUCGUUUCACUGGUCUGCACAAAGAUUAAAGAAACGGCCACAGGAAGAGAACCCACCAAAAGAACUUGACCUGAUUCGUUAUGACAUGAGAGACCUGAAGAAAGCUCCCAAGCCAGCCCUCUAUCUUGGAUUAGCUGGUCUUAUACCUUUCGUAUCAGCCCCUCUUCUUAUGGCUGUUUCAGAGGUCUAUCUUCCUGAAGUUGCAUUUGCUCAAAUCGCAUACGGAGCCUCCAUUGUUUCCUUUCUCGGAGGAACACGCUGGGGCUUUGCCUUGCCGGCUGGGAGUCCUGCAAAACCUGACUGGCUUAAUUUAGCAAACAGUGUGGUUCCCUCACUAAUUGCUUGGGUAUCGCUUCUUUUUAGCCAUGAUAUUACACAGUCUGCUAUAAUUGUGAUAAUCGGGCUUGGGAUAGCAUUGCAUUAUGACCUGUCUCUCCUGCCCACAUACCCCAGCUGGUUUAAAGCAAUGAGGACAAUCCUCACAGCGGUAGCUUUUUUCUCCUUGGUGGGUACUAUUGUUAUUAAACAUUUUUAUCCGGAGAAGAAGAUGAAUGAUUAAAGAAUAGUAAACUGACUGGUAUCACUGGCACAAUUUAAUGUACAGUCUAAACAUGUAAAUAUUAAAUUGCUGGACCUGG